GCCGAACCAGAUGCAUCUGCUGCAGCGGCAUGAAACCACCAGCAUUGAAAGACUCAAGUUUUGGGAUUUUGAACCAUCCGAGGAGCACGACGACACAACACCGGAAGAACAGCACAAGGAAUUCAUGGCCAAGCUCAUGACCAGGUUGGUUUACACUUGUAACCACCUGCAGUCCGAGCUGGCGAGUCUCCGACGGGCAAUGCAGAACCACAAGGAUCUGCACGAGGAUGCUACACGGGCACUUCAUUCCCGUGUACAGGACUUGGAGCAAUCUGCACCAAGAUCAGAUGCUGGCGAGUCCAGCAGCGCACCCUCUACCCGCCAAUUGGAGGGACGAGUUGACCACGUAGUCGCCAUGCUCGGCGACAUCAGUACCUUCGCUGCACCGGCGACCAUCAGCAAGCAGCUGGACACCUUGAAGACCGAGGUUCAGCAGUUGCACCAGCUGCCCAACAGCAAUGGCAAGACAAGUGCGCAACACUACAAGAUGUCGACAUUCCGCAUCGAAAAGUUCGAUGACUAUACGCAUCAAGACCCGGUCCCCUGGUGGGAGGGCUUUACGACGGAACUUCGGAUUCUUUUUGUGCCAGAGCACACGUACAUCGGCGCGCUGUUCCUCAACUCAAAGGGAGGUUGCCAGAUCUGGCUCAGCCACCUGACAUCCAUCCACGGCGUCCAGGUCGCCGAUCUUCAUGAGAAGAUCUCUUGGGAAGAAUUGACAAAGCUAUGGAAGAAACGGUUCAUCGUUGACGACGCCCCGGUGCUCGCCAUCAACCGCCUCUUCGCCAUGACCCAAGGCAACACAUCGACACGCGAUUGGCUCACGGAAUGGCGAAAGAUCGCGGCAACGCCCGAUCUUGACUUGCCAUUUUCGCAUCUGCGUCGGGAGUUCUACAACCGGUCACGCGCCGCCUUGAGCCUCGCACUUGGUGAUCGCGAGCAAUACACAACCUUCGCCGAAAUCAUCGACAAGGCAAGGGAGAUCAUCAAGACCAACAGGGCAACUGCACACGAGAAAUCAGCAUGGCAGCCAACCUAUGUGGAGAAGGUGAGAAUUGGUCCGCGACCGCAGCAUAUCGUUGCAGUCCAAUCGGACAACAUUGUGGAAGACCCGGCAGCCACCCAAGCGUCACGUGAGGGAGAUCAGGUGGCUGCUGUCCAGCCGCGAAGCAACAACAAGUCCCGAGGAAACGGGAAGGCGAAAACCGCAUCGCCGGCCGGAAACGGACAGCCAGCACCAUGGGUCAAGUUUCACUUGACCGAGGCGGAAUACAAUACCAACUCCGUUGAUGGACGCCGGAGUAGAGGUUGUCAACCUUCACGCCUACAUUGGAAGAUCGACCGCGAGUUCAAGACACAACGGUACGACGACAUCGACGCACCAUUGUUAUAUGUACGCAUUCAGAUCGGAGAGGCGACCUGCAGCGCUUUGAUCGAUUGCGGAGCAUUUCGCAACUACAUGAGCCAGGACUUUAUGGUACGCGCCGGCCUUGGCCCACGCGUCCGGAGGAAGUCCCAGCCUAUGCAAGUCACGUUGGCAGAUGGUCACAAGCACAAGUCAAUAGACCGGUGCAUAGAUGACGUCCCCGUGUACUUUGCCCCGCAUGCAAGCGAGGCAGUGUCCUUCGAUAUUUUGGAGACCAAAUUCAACAUGAUCUUGGGCAUGUCAUGGCUGCGAAGCGAGGAUCACCCGGUGAACUUCUACCGCCGCACCGUGCACAUUCGUGAUCGGAACGGAGUACUAGUCCCAUGCAUUGUGGCUCCUCACCCUUCGAUCAGGUGCCACUUGGUGUCCGCCGCAAGCAUGCGAGUUUCCAUCAUCAGAGACGACAUCGAGGAGAUGGGGGUGUGUUUUCUCCACGCCCUCCCGCCCCAUGACGCUUCAUCGACGGACUCAUCUUUGGACCCACUCAUCACCGAGCUUCUCGACGCCUACGGCGACGUGUUCAAAGGCCCACACGGAGUAGUACCGGACGGGGUUGUACCUCCGCGUGGUUGCAUCUACCGAAUGAGCGAGGAAGAGUUAAGUGUGCUACGGGCACAACUCGACGACCUUCUCAAGAAAGGUUGGAUUCGGCCUAGCUCAUCGCCAUACGGUGCUCCCGUUCUCUUCGUCCGGAAGAAGAACAAGGAUUUGCGGUUGUGCAUUGAUUAUCGCAAGCUCAACGCGCAAACGAUUAGAAACGUCGGCCCUCUUCCACGCAUCGACGACCUUUUCGAACCGCUGGGCAGCGCCAAGUUCUACUCCAAGCUUGACCUCAAGUCGGGAUAUCACCAACUCGAGAUUCGGAAGGAGGACCGCUACAAGACCGCGCUUAAGACGCGAUAUGGGCAUUUUGAAUGGUUGGUUACGCCAUUUGGCCUUACGAAUGCCCCAGCCACUUUCCAAGUGGCUAUGACAACGGAGUUCCGACACAUGCUGGAUCGAUUCGUACUCAUCUACCUCGACGACAUCCUGGUGUACAGUCGGAGUUUGGACGAGCAUGUGGAACACCUGCGCACCGUUUUGGAGCGGCUACGACAAGCCAAGUACAAAGCCAACCGCGACAAAUGCGAAUUCGCGCGGCAGGAGCUGGAGUACUUCGGACAUUAUGUGACGCCGCAAGGCAUCCAUCCGCUUGCGGACAAGAUCGAGGCCCUCCGCGUAUGGCCCGAGCCCACCAACACCACGGACGUUCGUUCAUUUAUGGGGUUUGCGGGCUACUAUCAGCGAUUCAUCACCAAAUACUCAAGGAUUGCCGCACCUAUGACGAGAUUACAAUCGCCAAAGGUGCCAUUCGUAUUCGAUGACGACGCACGCCAGUCAUUCCAAGCACUUAAGACGGCCAUGCUCAUGGCACCCGUCCUUAGCAUCUAUGACCCCAUCCUGCCUACGAGAGUGACAACUGACGGUUUCGGCUAUUGCAUUAGGGCAGUCUUGGAACAACACGACGACGACGACUGGCACCCUGUGAAGUAUUUCAGCCACAAAGUGCCUCCCAUCAAUUUACUUGAUGAUGCAAGGAAGAAGGAGCUGCUCGCGUUCGUAAUGGCUCUCAAGCGAUGGCGGCACUUCCUCUUUGGGCGUCGUAGGUUCACAUGGGUCACGGGCAACAACCCAUUGCUACAAGACGCAGGAUACGGUGAGCAGCACGAUCGGACGAUGGAUGUACUUCAUCGACCAAUUUGACUUCACACCGAAACAUCUCCCCGGCCUCUCCAAUCACGCAGCAAAUGCACUCUCGCGAAG